AUCUAAACUUUUAUCUAUUUUCCUUUCCCCUUCCUUCCCUUUUUUACACCCGGUUAAAUUUCCUACCAAAACCAAACAUAUAUUAAGUAAUUAACUCUCAACAAAUUCACCUUCUCUAUAUUCAUAGUUUGAAGAGCAAUGACUGCAACUUGAACCAUGCUUAGCGCCACAAAACGCGUCACUGCAUUCCUCCCUCGGAAUCUUCAACAACUCCGUCAACUCCAUGAAGACAUCGAAGAAAGCAUCUAUUUCUACAAGAGCAGAGGCCAACAUAUUCUCACCAACCCUCGAGUUCUGGACACCAUUGUUCAAAAAUCCGCAAUUAACCCUUCCGAUACGGUCCUCGAGAUCGGUCCCGGCACCGGGAACCUCACCCUCAAGCUUCUAGAAGCCUCACGCGAGGUUGUAGCCAUCGAAAUCGACCAACGUAUGGUUAACAUUCUCGAGAAUCGUGCACUCAAACGCGGUCUCCGCAACAAACUAACGGUGAUAUCAAAAGAUGCAUUGAGAACAGAGUUCCCACCGUUUGAUCUCGUGGUAGCCAAUAUUCCUUACGGUAUAUCAUCACCACUCAUAAUUAAACUUAUAUACGAAACGACACCAUUUCGAAGUGCGACUCUUCUACUUCAAAAAGAGUUCGCUCGAAGAUUACUGGCUAAUCCCGGUGAUUCUGAAUUUAACCGUUUAGCCGUUAACAUUAAGCUUCUAGCUGACGUGGAAUUUGUCAUGGAUGUAAGCAAAAGAGAUUUUCUUCCGUCACCUAAAGUUGAUUCCUCCGUCGUUAUAAUUCGACCAAAGGUUAAUGUUCCUGCUGUUAAUCUCCAUCAGUGGAGGGCUUUCACCAGGACUUGUUUUAAUAACAAGAAUAAGACACUUGGUGCUACAUUUAAGAAUAAGAGGAAAGUUUUGGAGUUGUUGGAAUUUAAUAAUGUGUCUGGUUUGGUUGGAGAACAAGAUGAUGUUUGUUUGUUUAAAGAGAAGAUUGUUGAAGUUCUUAGAGAGGGAGGGUUUGAUGAUAAAAGGCCGUCAAAACUUUCGAUUGAAGAGUUGAUGCAUUUGUUGUCUUUGUUUAACGAAGUUGGUGUAUAUUUUGAUCACCGUGAGGAUGUUAGGAAUGAAAAUGAUAGGUUUGAGGUUGAUGAUAUUGAUGAUUAGUGAUAAGCAUCAACCACUUUGUGACAUUUUGUAUAUUAUUAAAAUUAAGAUCAGAUUCUGUUAUACUCAUUAAUCAAAAGGUUGGCUGUUGGAUGAAUCCAGUGGUUGAGAGAUCAAUGCUGCAGUUGGUUGAAUCCAUCAGUUGAUCAGUGGCUGUUGCAAAGACAAGAGAAAAUUUGAUUAUAAUUGAUUUGUUUUGUUUGCAUAA